CAAAGUGAACAAUCCAAAUGGGGUGCUAACACACGGCCAUUUCUCCAUUUUCCCAGGGAAUAUAAAAUAGGAGGGAGAACUCAGAUUUGCAUAGAACCUCUUCAGGAAGGAGAGAACUUGGGCCCCACAGACAUGCUGCUGAGGACCCAGAUGGGCAUCCCUGGGGAGAGGGCCUACUUCGCUCCUGUGGACUUUGUGUGGGACAUUGAGGAAGAGUGCACAGCGCUAUCUCUGAGGCAGGCUGUGGCUGCCCAUUAUGGGCUCUCUGUGGACCACAUUGAGAUCGCCAAGUACUUCUCUGAGAAGUUUGAGUGGAUGCCCAUUGCUAGCUGGGACCAGCAGUUUUCUAAGAAGAAAAAGAAGAAAAAGCAGGAGAAUCUGCUGAUGGCGCCAUAUUACCUGAAAGAUGGAGAUAUUAUUGGUGUUAAGAACCUCCUGGUAGAUGACAACAAAGACUUUAGUACCCUGAGAGACGACAUAGGAAGAGAGAGUCAAAUGAAGCUCUUUAUGGGAAAGAGGAAAAGGAGACAAGCUGUCCAGCUACAGAAUAUUGACCACCUUGAGUGCCAUGAAAGUGAGAUUGAAGGACAUGUGUGCGAGAAGCCCCACAGGUCAGAAGAGGGGCUUUCCAUCAAUGUGGGCGUUUUCAGAUAGCACCUGAGCAGGGCUUUGGAAGAAGCCAACUGUGCCCUCCGACUGACUGACUCCCAUGAUUCAGUGUUAGACUGGAGUGGGAGGGAGGAAGGAAGGACUUGUGAGUGUGAGAUGAAGGCAUCUAAGGAUAGCCUGGCAGGGGAUGCCCUUUGUUGCGCCACCCUGGGCUACUUACCAAGUCUGAUCUUUGGACAGAAAUGAUCAGUACAUUGGCUUUUUCCCUCCAAGGACUACACUGGCUGGUGGGCAAGUUGGCCAGCUGUGUAGACAGACCCAAGCCCCUGAAGCUUCUCUUGGCCCAUGGAUCUUUAUCCCCAGUGGUGAGAUCCUUCUCUGCCUCAGGUGAGGUGAAUGCACUUUAUCAAUAAUGACCCGCUGGAUGCAAACCUGACAUGUUGUGACAUUGGCUUUGAGGCCUAGGAGACCUUGCAGGCUUGGAGGUCCCUGCAAUGAGAGAAAGAGAAAGAAGAGAGAUUGGGAAGGGGGAAAGAGAGAGAGAGAGAGAGAGA